AAAGUUUGGAACGUUUUUGCUAGGAACUACUCAAAUUUGAGAGGUUUGACGUUCCAGACGAGCCAGUGUUGCCAAGCAACUCAAACUAGUUAGGUAGCUCGCUAGGUAUUAAAAAGCAGCCACUGAGCAGGCGUUGCAGCCUUCAGCAGCAGGAAGUAUCGACACAAACACGGGGAUGCUCUUCAUGACCUGACACCAGUCUAACGUUACCCGAAGAAAAGUGUCUUUGGCUUCAGUGUUUAUUUUAGAUACACAUGCUCUGCUGAAGGAUCACAGCCCUUCUCCUCAGAAUGGAGAUAGCUGUAGCCAAAAUCCUGUGCCUGCUGGGGGUGUUUGCCUUGAUGUUAGGGGGCAUCCUUAUCCCUGUGCGGGUGAUGCUUAUGGAGUAUGAUAAAGUCACGAGGUACAGAAGAGUGGUUGCUUUAAGCAACUGUUUUGGAGGAGGUGUAUUCCUGGCCACAUGCUUCAAUGCCCUACUACCAGCAGUUAGGGCUAAGGUUGACGAUGUCCUGAAAUCGUUACAAACAUCCAAUCAGUACCCGCUGGCAGAGACGAUGAUGAUGAUUGGGUUUUUCCUCACAGUAUUCGUGGAACAGGCUGUGCUCACUUUCCGCAAAGAGAAACCCUUGUUUAUCGACCUAGAGACGUUUAAUGCUGGUGGCUCGACAGCGGGGAGCGACUCCGAGAAUGAUGCUCCGUUCAUCGCUCCCGCUCGAGGUUCCAGAGACCACCACUUUCAUUCCCAUCAUCACGGACACUUCAACGUGUCAGAGCUGACACAAGCUGGGCCGUUGAGAUUAGCUAGCUUGGUGGUAGCGCUGUCCGCUCACUCUGUCUUUGAGGGUCUCGCUUUGGGCCUUCAGGAAGAUGGGGCUAAACUCGGAACUCUCUUUAUUGGAGUGGCCAUCCACGAGACGCUGGCAGCCGUGGCACUGGGGGUUAAUAUAGCCAAGGCGGGAGUCUCCUUGCGGGAUGCCAGUAAACUGGCUGUAACAGUGAGCCUAAUGAUCCCUCUGGGGAUCGGGAUUGGAAUGGGUAUUCAGACGGUCCAGCACUUGGCAGAAAGCAUUUUAUCUGUAGUGCUCCAGGGCUUGGCCGCCGGGACGUUUCUCUUCAUUACGUUCUUUGAGAUCCUCUCACGAGAGCUGGAGGAUAAACACGACAGGCUACUGAAGGUGCUGUUUCUUGCACUGGGCUACAGUGUGCUAGCAGGGCUCGUCUUCAUCAAAUGGUAAAAGGGGUUACAUUUUCUAAAACUGUCUACUGCUCUUUAAGAGCACCAUCUCUCUAACAUAACCAAUGGUUUCUCUAAAUCUACUGUAUAACUUUUUAUAUUUUAUAGUGCAAGUGUUUUUAGACUUUUUGAUGCCAGUUACCCAAAAAUAUGAUUAUGUAUUAUUUAUAUGAUUUAUAUUUACCAAGCCAGCUGUAAAAUAUUAAAUGUCAUAUUAUUCAGACAAAAUGUUAUUUCAGAAAAUUAAAUAAUUAGUUUUAAUAUUGUCACUAUACUAGGGUCAAAAAUUAAUGUAAAAUUAUUAAAAUAUUUACUAAAAUUGGUAUUUAUACAUUUAACAGACAGUGUGUUUUGUUAAUUGUAUAAACUAUUUAUUUUUUAUUCUUAUUGUUUAAAACAGCUGCAAAUAUAAUUUUGAUUAAUCUCAUGAAUUCCAUCUUUACAAAGCGUAAGGAAAACAAAUAUCAUGAUAUUUGGUAAAUAUUAAAAAAUAGUGUUAAUUACCAUCUUACAUUAACACAUUAAAGUAAUAAUUCACCCAAAAAUGAAAAUUACCUUUUGAUUUACUCAGCCUCAGAUCAUCCCAGGUGUAUAUGACUUUCUUCUUUCAGGCAAUUACAAUUGGAGUUAUAUUAAAAAAAAAAAUAUUCUGGCUCUUCCAAGCUUUAUAAUGGCAGUGAAUGGCUGUUGAGAUUUUGAAGUCCAGUAAAGUUCAUCCAUCCAUCAUAAAAGUACUCCACACUGCUCUGAGGGGUUAAUAAAGGCCUUCUGAAGUGAAUCGAUGCAUUUGAGUAAGAAAAGUAUUCAUAUUUAAAACUUUAGAAACUCUAAUCUCUAGCUUUCACUAAUUGUUGUAGCAUGUUCACAAGAGAGCGGUAUUUCAGUGGAUGUUCAGUGGACGUAGCUAGAGAUUAUAGUUUAUAAAGUUUUAAAUAGGAUAUUUUUGUUUUCACAAAUGCAUCGAUUCACUUCAGAAGGCCUUUAUUAGCGGUGUGAAGUACUUUUUACUAUGGAUGGAUGCACUUUAUUGGACUUUAGAAUCUCAACAGCCAUUCACUGCCAUUAUAUGGUUUGGAAGAGCCAGGAUAUUUUUUUAUGUAACUCAGAUUGUAUUUGUCUGACUUAAGAAAGUCUCAUACAUUUAGGAUGGCUUGAGGGUGAGUAAAUCAAGGGGUAAUUUUCAUUUUUGGGUGAACUAUUGGGUGAACUUUGACAACCCUUAAAUUUCUGUCUGUCUCAAAUCAGUUUGAUGAAUUGCAGGUUAAGAGACCGUGUGUACCCAAUAGUUCCACUCCUGUCAUUUGUACUUAUCCUUUAUGUAAAUAUCAUGCAUAGUCAAUAUUUACCAAUAUAACAAUGACUGUUUUAAAGGAUGUGCUUAUAGAUACUAUUAGCGGAAAGCACAUGUAGAAUGUGAAUGCGGUGAAUGUUUUAGUGAGAACUUUGUCUUGAAGUUCCAGUUUGUUUACAUUAAGUUAAUUGUAGUUGAGUGCGCAGAAUUCUGUCAAACUGCCAAUUGUUUGAGUGACUUGACAGAGCGGUUUUACUGGGGAAAAUUACUCCAGAUCAAAACAGAGACUCUGUUUUGGUUGUGAGCUGAAAGGUGUUUUGAAGCAGACCAGGGAGCUUUUUAUGUGAAUGUUUUCUUGAGCAAGCUGUGUUUGGUGGUUCACCUUUUUUAAUGUAAUCUACUGUUACAGUAUAUUAUGGUUUUAUGCUUUUAGAUUGCGUAUCAUUACAUUAAAGCUGUAUUUUAUCUCAUUUUUCACGUUUUCGGCUGCUAGCCUCAGUUUGAUUUUGAUAAGUAUUUUGCCUCAUAAUAAGCAUCAUGCAAGUAAAUGAAGAGAACUGUUGAAUUGAUAAAUUCCACUUACAAGCUUAUGUGGUACAUUAUUAAAAUGUUGUAUGGAUAUCGAUACUGCCGAGAGCCUCAGGAAAAUCAGACUUAACCUUAUAUUGGUUUGUAUCUUUUUUUAGUUUAGUUUGACAUUUUUGUAUCAUUUAUAGCUUUACGAACCUUUACGGUUAUAUUGCUUUAAGCCAUAUUAAGGGAUUCUUAAUCGUCUUUUCAGUGUUUAAGUAUUUCUGAGCAGUUUCAACAAAUCAAACAACAGAUGUAAAAUUUUUGUCUUAAAGUAUCUAAGAACUCUUUGUAGCAACCUGUUUGUUGCUUUAAGAGCAAACAUAUGUGUUGGUUUGUUUUCUUUUAUAUUAAUUCAUUUCGAAUCAUUUAUCAUGAAUGAUAUAUUCUGAAGUCAUUGAUUUUAGAUUGUAUUUUAUAUUACUUUCCCAUUACUGUUUAAUCUGUUGUGUGCCAUGUUUUCUUUGCAAGCAAGUUAGAGAUAAAAAAUGUCUUCGUUUAAGGUUUUUAAUGUCACUGGAUGAUGUCGUGAAGCAGUAAUUUUCCAAUGAUAUUGCUUGUAGUAUAAUAAAACUGGUUGCAUUUGUGCUGUUUGAGCAUCGAAACAAAUGCAACUAAGAUUAUUCUGCAUUCUCCUGCUUUCUGCUCUUCCCUGGCUUCCUCUGCCUGCUGAAUGAAGACCGUUAAUACAGCUUUAUGUAGUUAAACACUGAUUUUGGUGUACUGGACAAAACUUGCUAUUAACAGGUUUUGGUUACCAGACAAAACUGAUAUUUUCCAACAGGAUCUGGCAUCCGGGCUUGGAUCCAGAAUUUGUCAGUCUGUAGCCAUUCCUGUCUGUACUCUUUUACAUGUGUCAAUGAGAUUUAGUAUUUCGGUGUUGCAAAACUCUUCUUUUUGCAAUGCAAGGAUAUAAUGUAAUUAUUAAUCAGCUUUAAUUUUCGAUUUAAUAAAGUGAUUCUCCUGGUUGUGUGA